CUGGAGCCGGAAGCUGUGGUGGUGGCCUCUUGGUUCAGCAGCUUCCUGACUGCAAAGGAGAACUGAGCAGGAGGACAGGAGGACAGGAGGACAGGAGGACGCAGGCCGGCCAGGGCCGCGGGGCAGCAGCAGAGCCCGCUCACCACGGGUCAGUUCUGAGUUGAUGGGUUUUUUGAGUGGAACCUGGAACCCACAUGAAGAAAUUACUGAGAAACGACUCUGAUAAUGUGUCUGCAAGUCAUCUGGGUGUGUAGUGUGGAUUGUUCUCACCCUGGACCUAACUGAACGAGGAGUGGCUACUUGCUGUAGGCCUUGGGUCAAGACAGCAGUCUUACACCUUCCUGCUGGUUCAGAAAGGCGUGUGCAGAACCAGAAGCAAAAGAAGCAACCUGUUUCUUUACCUUGCCUAUAUAAAUUCGAAUUCUAAGGACAGAAUAGAGCAAUAGGGUUAUUUGAACUGGACAUUCCUCAGAUCGAAGACCAUACCUUGGGAAGCUUCUGAAAGUGAGAUUUGGAACCCUCACUGGUGCUCAUUUUCUACCCUGAACUGAAAGCAUGAGUGAAUUCUGGUUGUGUUUCAACUGCUGCAUUGCGGAGCAGCCCCAGCCUAAAAGGCGGCGGCGGAUUGACCGGAGCAUGAUUGGGGAGCCCACCAACUUUGUGCACACGGCCCACGUGGGCUCUGGGGACCUCUUCAGUGGGAUGAAUUCGGUCAGCUCCAUCCAGAGCCAGAUGCAGUCCAAGGGCGGCUACGGCGGCGGCGUGGGCGGCGGCGUGCAGGUGCAGGUGCAGAUGCAGCUGGUGGACACCAAGGCGGGAUAGCGCCGGCCGGCCGGCCGGGCACCGGGAAAGCGGAAGUCAUUGUGAAUCCGGUAUUUUCUCUGUCCACUAGUCUGUCGUUUCUCAUCUCGUGAUUGCAUUCUUUGGUUUCUAAUUACAAAAGAAGUGUGAUGGCACCGUGUCCACCCCCUCGUGAUGACGCUGGCGAGACGUCUCCUGCCCCAAAGAUGAUGCUGUUGCCGUGGUGGCCUGCGGCGCUCCUGUCCUCGGUGGGCUGCCUUGGCAUGACACCUGCUGCGCGCAGCGUCCCCUCCUUAACCCUGUCCCCCUGCCUCCCACCCUCGGCCUGCGGGUGUGACCUGUGCUGCCUUGUGGAAGGUGUGGGACCCACAAGCACAAUGAAACUUCAGCCCCGUAGGCGUCUGCAUGCUCUGUGGUUACUUGGUGGCCGUGGGGUGCGGGAGACGAGUGUCCUCUGCUGCCCUGAGGGUUCACCCUGGCACCUUGAGUGUCUUUGCUCCCAGAACUCGGCAGCUUUGUUUGGAUGCGUUGGCUUUUUGGUCGGAGUGGACUGCAGGGGAGCGGCCACCUGCUGCGGGGACGGCAGCUUGUGGCUUUGAGAGCAGGGAGCCACGGACUCGAGAGUGCAGAGUGCGGGAACGUGGCUGCCCGCCCAGAGGGUGACCUAUCGAUGGCUUUUGGGGUUGUGGUAAGAAGCCUUUGCUCAGGUUCCAAAAUGUUUCUUUCAUAGAUUUGUGCAUUUCGGGUAUCUCCAUGAACGCUUCUCUCCCAUGUCAGAGCACAGCGUUACACUAAGCGCGGGCAGGGUUUGUGGGACCAGCGUCCACGCUGUGUCUGCACGCAGCCCUGCAGGGAAGCAGCUGCCCGGGGACUGAGCGCCGUGAGGGACUGGGCGCUGCUCAGAGCAGCCGUGGCAGUUCCUUCUGCCUCCAUCUGUCGUCCUUCCCGGGCAGAACCUUAGUCCCAGGCUCUUACGAAGCAGUGAAAAGGGCGAUGCUCUUUUUAGGUGAGGAAACAGCCUUUUCAAACUUGAUGUGCCAGCAGGGGACCAGCAGAUGCGGUCCUUAGCGGUGUCAGUGCCCAGCACAGGUUCCAGCUCCCACCACCAGUUCCGGGUGCGGGGAGGUGGUGGUGGUGGUGGGGGGGUGGCAGCCGCAGCCUCCACACUGGUGCUGCUUUUCGGUGUUAGAGCGAGCGCUGUCACUGUCCUGGGACAGAGUGCAGGGAUCCCUGGCGUGGUCACAGUCCCCCAAUCCCUGGAGGGCCAGAGCUGGGGCCGGACUGGGGCGGUGUUGGUUGGCCGCAGCAGUGGCCCUCGCUUUUAGAUUGAAGCUGAUUAGAUAGGGUUUUGUCUCAGAAUUCUUUUUCCUGUUACUGCGCUGCUGAAACAGAUGCCACACCUGUGAGGCAGAGGGCCUGGGUCGCGGGGGCGGCGUCACAGCCGUGUCCCCUUCUGCUGGGGCACAGGGCGGUCUCUGUAGGGAGAGCAGGUUGGCCUUGAUUCUGUUUAAAAUGACUUCUGCUCAGCACCCAGAGGAUAAAGUUGACAUAUUUUUAUAAUAUAAGCAUACUUUUUUUGUACAUUGUGUUCAUUCUUGAAUAAAGUGAAUUCAGUGUUGGCUUGUAGAUAUUAAAAAGAAAGUAUUGAUUUUGAUUUCAAUAAAUGUUUUCUUUCAA